CCCGCCCAUCGCGAAAAAUGGACGCAUGCGCGAUCGUACAGCAGCUUCUCAGCCUGGCUGCGUGGUGGAGGGUGAUCCGGGAGAACCGAACACUUCUUAAGCGUUUGCUCUAUGUCAGCUACUGGGACAUGAUUCAUUUGUAAGGCAGGAACUCACAUCCUGGAACGCACAAUGAUGAAGGCAUGCAUUAUUAAUAAAUAAUUUGUCUUGAAGAAAUUAUUGGAUUUACAACAGACUUUGUUAUCUCUCUUUGGGCUCUACUUAAGACACAUAGGAAGAGAAAGAUGAAGACAAUGGAUAAAUCCUGAUGAUUCUCUCUAGACCCUCCAGUAGAUGAGCUCAUCACUCAGGAGCCAUAGCAGCUUCAAGGUGAAAGAAAACUUCCUCAGGGAUCAGUGUCCCCUAUUCUACACAGCAGAGACCUUCACCUUCUUCAGAACUCCAGGCAUGGAUACCAAUGAUGACCUUGAUGAAGACCAUCUUACAAGUUAUGAUAUUCAACUCAGUAUUGAAGAAUCUAUUGAAUCCAGCAAGACUGUGUUUUAUCCUGAAAGAUUUGUACCCCUAAGUGAUCAAAACAGAAAACUUGUUGAGGCCAUAAAACAAGGUCACAUUCUUGAACUCCAGGAGUAUGUGAAAUAUAAAUAUGCAUUGGAUGAAGCUGAUGAAAAAGGAUGGUUUCCACUGCAUGAAGCUGUUGUUCAACCCAUUCAACAAAUACUUGAGAUUGUUCUGGAUGCCUCCUAUAAGACACUCUGGGAAUUCAAGACCUGUGAUGGAGAAACACCCUUGACUUUGGCAGUCAAAGCCGGUCUGGUGGAAAAUGUAAGAACUUUACUAGAAAAGGGAGUAUGGCCCAACACCAAAAAUGACAAAGGAGAAACACCUCUUCUGAUUGCUAUAAAAAAAGGCUCCUAUGACAUGGUAUCUGCUCUGGUUAAACAUAAUACUAUCCUCGACCAGCCCUGUGUCAAGCGAUGGUCAGCAAUGCACGAAGCAGCCAAGCAAGGCCGAAAAGAUAUCAUAGCUCUGCUUCUGAGGCACGGAGGCAACGUCCACCUGAGAGAUGGAUUUGGAGUCACACCUCUAGGUGUUGCCGCCGAGUAUGGUCACUGUGAUGUCUUAGAACAUCUAAUCCACAAAGGGGGUGACGUGUUUGCUUUGGCGGAUGAUGGGGCAUCGGUGUUGUUUGAGGCAGCAGGAGGUGGUAAUCCUGACUGCAUUUCCCUCUUGCUGGAAUAUGGAGGAAGCGGAAAUGUACCAAACAGAGCAGGGCAUCUUCCCAUACACCGAGCCGCCUACGAGGGACACUACCUUGCGCUGAAAUACCUUAUCCCAGUAACAUCCAAAAAUGCAAUUCGGAAAAGUGGGCUAACACCAAUUCACUCGGCAGCAGAUGGACAGAAUGUACAGUGCCUAGAACUGCUCAUUAAAAAUGGUUUUGACGUGAACACUCCACUGGCUGACCACAUAUCCCAGAGCUACGAUGACGAGAGGAAGACUGCGCUCUAUUUUGCUGUUUCUAAUAAUGACAUCCAUUGUACAGAGAUCCUUCUAGCUGCAGGUGCAGACCCAAACCUCGAUCCCCUCAAUUGUCUACUUGUGGCAGUGAGAGCCAAUAACUAUGAAAUUGUCCGACUACUUCUCUCCCAUGGAGCUAAUGUCAACUGUUAUUUUAUGCAUGUGAAUGACACACGGUUCCCCAGUGUCAUUCAGUAUGCUCUAAAUGAUGAGACCAUGCUGAGGCUAUUGCUGAAUAAUGGCUAUCAAGUGGAGAUGUGCUUUGAGUGCAUGCAUGGGGACAUCUUUGGAAAUUCAUUUGUAUGGUCGGAGAUAGAGGAAGAGGUCCUACCAGGAUGGACAUCUUGUGUAAUAAAAGACAACCCAUUCUGUGAGUUUAUUACAGUUCCUUGGAUGAAACACUUGGUAGGCAGCGUGAUUCGUGUAUUAAUAGACUACAUGGAUUAUGUUCCUCUGUGUGCGAAACUGAAGGCAGCACUAGAAGUUCAGAGAGAAUGGCCAGAAAUCCGCCAAAUACUAGAAAAUCCUUGUUCAUUAAAGCAUUUGUGUCGGUUAAAAAUUCGAAGACUUAUGGGACUCCAGCGACUCUGCCAGCCAGCCUCAAUGGAGAAGCUUCCUCUACCACCAGUUAUUCGAAGAUACAUCUUAUUUAAAGAGUAUGAUCUCUAUGGACAAGAGCUAAAAUUGCCAUAAUUUCAAAAUAAUAUUUUAAAACGUGAUCUUUAAAAUAUUUAAAAGUGGGAUUCCCUCAGAAAUUCUUGGAAUCAUUUUACAUUCUUGAGUGUAUUUAAAUCCGUUAACAGUUUUAUAGAUGAAUCCUGUGUUCUUACAGGAACACAAAGGUUUAGGUCCUUAAAGACCUUUACAUUUUUAAGAUAGCUAAUAUUUGCAUUUGAAUUAUUUGAUUAUCUUUUCUUGCUACAACUCUUCAAGGCCUCCCUGUUAAGAGGCCCCUACAACAUCCACCAUUAAGUAUCUAUGUUUGAAAAAAACCACCCACUUUCCUUAACGCACAUCUUCCAUCAUUUCUCUUCCUCUUCACAGCUCCACUGCAUUGAAGAUCUCUGCAUUACUCACAGGUUUUCACACUGUCACGUGCUCCCCACUCUGCUCUUUUCAAAGCCUCUGUCAAACUGCCUGUUGCUAGUUUCCCUGAGCACUCUUCAGUCCUUCUUCCGGUUAUCACCUCAGAUGCUGCUGCCUGGUCCCUCCUUGAAAUGCCACCUCUUUUCCUUGUUUCUUUGAGAUACUUUGUUCUGUUCGCUCCUGGCUCUCCUCCCACCUCCUGGCAGCUCUGUCUCUGGCUUCUUUCCACAGUACUCAUCUCCUGCCAAUCCUUUAGUCCUAUGCCUUAAGCCCUCUUCUCUUCUGAUACUGUUUUCUUGAGAAAUUUCACCCACUUUUGUGGUUUCAGCCAUUACCUAUAAAACGAAUACGCGAAGCCCAGCUCUUUCUGUCUUUUGUGCUUGAGACCUGAUGGACAUUUAAACACAGAGACACCUCAUAUCCAGGCUCUCCCCAGAUGAACUCACUACCUUCCUCCACAAAGAGGCUCUUUCUCUUUCACUCUAAUUCAAUAGUUAGCACAAUGACCAAUUCAGUUUCCAAAGAAUAAAGCCUGGACAUCAGCCUUGACUACUCCAUUUCUCACUUAGUGUAACAAAUCACCAAAUUCUGUUAAGUUUGUCUCUUGAAGUGAUUUUCUUGUAUUUAGUCCAACAAAUAUGGCCCUAAGUCUGGCUGUUAAUCCCUUUUUCCUGGGAUAGUGUAGUGCUGUUUAUCAGACCUGUCUGCCUGUGGUCAUGACCUAACC